AUGGAAGAUCAACCCCCACGAUAUUCUAUGCUCGAGGCAGCUGGCUGGCCUGAAGAUGAGUGUCUUCAAAGUGCAACAAACGUCAACAAUGAUGGCCGCGUUGAGGUCAAUCUCGACUCCAAGGUCUGUAAAACUGUUGCGAAGCUCAUUCAGAUCCCACGCGAGGAGCAGACGCCACCAUCGAUACCCGAUCAUGCAGAAUUUGCUGGCUGCGAUAUCCAAUUGAACAUUGUGAUUCAAGUUGUCGGUAGUCGGGGCGACGUCCAGCCCUUUAUUGCGCUGGGAAAUGAGCUCCAGCGCUAUGGACAUCGUGUGAGACUGGCGACUCAUGGCCUAUUUGAAUCCUUCGUUCUGGAAUCAGGUCUAGAGUUCUAUCCUAUUGGCGGUGAUCCCUCGGAGCUUAUGGCCUACAUGGUGAAAAAUCCCGGCUUGAUACCACAGAUGAAAAGCUUGCGGGAUGGAGAAAUUCAACGCAAGCGGGCCAUGGUGGCCGAGAUGCUACAGGGCUGUUGGAAUUCAUGCAUCAAUGAUGAUCCAAUAAGCAAAGCACCUUUCGUGGCCGAUGCCAUCAUCGCAAAUCCUCCUAGCUUUGCCCACGUUCACUGUGCGCAAGCUUUGUCUAUUCCCUUGCAUCUUAUGUUUACGAUGCCAUGGAGUAGUACAAGAGCCUUUCCGCAUCCUUUGGCAAACCUCAAAUACUCGAAUACCGAGCCAAAAAUCGCCAACUACAUUUCAUACGGCAUUGUUGAAUGGAUGACAUGGCAGGGUCUCGGCGAUAUCAUCAACGAGUGGAGGUCCACGCUUGAUUUGGAGCCAGUGCCGGGUACUGAAGCGCCCAGUUUGGCCGACACUUUGAAAAUACCUUUUACCUAUUGUUGGUCACCGAGCCUCAUGCCGAAACCAUCAGACUGGUCAUCGAAUAUAGAUGUCUGCGGCUUCUUCUUUCGGUCUCUUCCAGAAUACACUCCGCCUUCUGACCUCGAUACGUUCCUUCGAAGGGGCAGCCCUCCAGUUUACAUCGGCUUCGGUAGCAUUGUCAUCGAAGAUCCGGUUGCAAUGACAAAAAUCAUAAAAAGAGUUGUUAGAUCACUCGGUAUUCGCGCAAUAGUAUCUCGUGGCUGGAGUAACAUCGGAGAUUCCGUAUCUGACGAGCAGAUCUUCUACCUUGGGGAUUGUCCACAUGAGUGGUUAUUCCAACAUGUCCUUGCUGUUGUUCACCAUGGAGGUGCAGGCACCACAGCAUGUGGGCUGCGUUUUGGAAGAUCCACAACUAUCAUCCCGUUUUUCGGCGAUCAGCUCUUCUGGGGUAAUAUGGUUGCUUCCUGUGGCCUGGGACCAAAACCUAUUCCGUACCGGUCUUUGACCUCUGAUAACUUGGCGGCGGCCAUUCAAUUCUGUCUCCAACCCGAAGCGCAGUCUGCGGCACGAGAUGUCGCAAACCGGAUGACCCAUGAGAAUGGUGUGGCGGCCGCGGUUGCUUCUUUUCAUCGCAAUUUACCGUUGGAUGACAUGCGAUGCCACGCUCUCAACUCUGAACCGGCAGUGUGGCGAUUGAAAACAUCCUCCAAGACCCAUAUUCACUUGUCGAAAAUUGCGGCGGAGGUCUUGGUGGACCAUCAUCGUCUGAAAAUGAAUGAUCUUCAACCUUAUCAUGUCCGUCCGAUUUAUAUUCAGAAUCGACGCUGGGAUCCUGUCACGGGCACCGCUUCCUCGCUGAUCACUACCGGCACCGAUAUGCUGAAAGCGACAGGCGACAUUGUUUACCGACCAUACGUGGAAUUCUCGCGAGCCCCCACGAAUCAAGCAGAACGUGCUUAUCCCGAGUCAUCCCGCUCCCAGUCUCUUGACAAUGCGUCCGUCAUUGAAACAGCUUCUGUGGAUUCUUCCGCCACAACUAAGCCUUCCAGGUUAAGAAACACCGGCGUGGCAAUGGGCGGCUCAGCAAAAAGCCUUGGAAAGGCAGUUGGAGUUUGGUAUAAAGGCAUGCUCAUCGAUAUGCCUUUGGCUGCGGCAGAAGGCCUCAGAGCUGUACCCCGGCUAUAUGGCGACGAAGUCAAAGAUCAUGGAAUCGUAACGGACUGGAAAUCCGGUGCUACAUUUGCAGGGAAGAACUUUGUUCAUGGAAUUUCAGACGGUUUCAGCGAUAUUUUCAAUCAGCCAUACAACGGUGGCCAGGAAGAGGGAGCAAAGGGUGUGAUGAAAGGAAUCGCGAAGGGGACACUUGGGGUGACUACCAAGGUGUCAUCAGCUGCUUUGGGGCUGGUAGCCUAUCCUGCUCACGGGAUUAUGAAGAGCCUGUAUGUGGCCACACAUUCCAAAACAAGAAAACGUGUUCUCCAAGCGCGCGUACGAGAAGCAAAGUACCUAGCAGAGCAUUCGCCCAAGGCACAAGGCAAUCGUCAGGCCAUCAUUCGCAAUUUCGAGGCUGUCUAUCGCAACCCUGUCAGGACUGCCAGUUCGUCCAGCUGA